GAGGGCACUCCCCUCCCCCGCCCUCCCCCCGCCCCUCCGGGCCCUCCCCCUGUGUCACGGCGGCGCCCGCAUUCGGGAACGGGCACGGCGGAGGGAGGGAAGGAGGGAGCGAGCGAGCGAAGGAACGCACGAACGAGCGAGCAGCCGCUCCAGCAUGUGGCCCGCCCGCGCCGUGGCGGCAGCGCGGCGGCGGCGGCGGCGGCGGGCAGGUGCGCGGCCGCUGAAGCGGAGCGGGGGGGCGUAGGGGCGGGAGCCCGCCCGCCGCCGCCCUCGCCGGCGCUGUCAGGUGCGUGCCGCCCGCCAGCAUGGCUCCGCCGCAACGCCGGACCUAGCGCCGGGCCGCCCGCGGGAGGCUGCGCCCGCCGCGCCGAGGGCUUCCCCCCCCAGCUCCGUCCCGCUUCUCCCCCGCCCAGGUGCCCCGGAGCGCGCCGGUGCCCGGCCGAGGAUGCUGCCCGCCGCCGCUCGCCCCGGUUCAUCUGUUGCUGCCUGAGCCAGCCCGAUGGAUGCGGCCGCCCCCGCGCCCUGCCCGCCCGCAGCCGCCCCGCUGGCCGCCGAGCCGGGAACCGCUCCGGAGCUCCGCGGCUGGUAAAAACCGAACCAAAACCAAAUCCGAACCAAAAAAACACACCCCCGCUUCGGCCGGGGCUGGAGAGGUGGCCGAGGACCAUGCAGCGCGUCCCCCGGCUCGGCGCUCCCGGCAGAGCCGCCUCCUAGAGCCGCCGGACUCGGGGCUCCCCCCGCCAGGACCCGAGCGGCUCCUCCUUCCCCUCUCCCCUCCAGCCGGGCAAGGAGCCCGCCUUCGCACUCCUCUCCCUCUCGAGAUUUUGGGUUUUUUGUUGUGUGUUUAUUUUUUUUUUUUUGAGUGGAAACCGCCCGUAACUCCGGGGGGGGGGCUGUAGGGGGACGGCGGGGAGGGGACCAUGGAAGAAAAGCUCCAGGCGCAUCAGGUGGAGAUCGACCCGGAUUUCGAGCCGCAGAGCCGGCCCCGCUCUUGCACUUGGCCUCUCCCCCACCCCGACUUGGCGACGGAGGAGGAGGAUGGGGGCGCGGGGGGACCCCCGGCGCUGGCGGCCGGCGGGGACGGAGCCGAGAACGCGGCGGCCCCGGUGGAGCGCAGAGUCGCCGCCGCGCCCCCACCGCCCCCCGGCGCGGAUGUGGGGCAGCUCCGCAAGGCCAAGACCUCCCGGCGCAACGCCUGGGGCAACCUUUCCUACGCCGACCUCAUCACCAAAGCCAUCGAGAGCUCGCCGGAGAAGCGCCUCACCCUCUCGCAAAUCUACGACUGGAUGGUGCGAUACGUUCCCUACUUUAAGGAUAAAGGAGACAGCAACAGCUCCGCCGGCUGGAAGAACUCCAUCCGGCACAACCUGUCCCUGCACACCCGGUUCAUCCGCGUGCAGAACGAGGGCACCGGCAAGAGCUCCUGGUGGAUGCUGAACCCCGAGGGCGGCAAGACGGGCAAGACGCCGCGGCGGCGGGCGGUGUCCAUGGACAACAACAGCAAGUUCCUGCGCAUCAAGGGCAAGGCCAGCAAGAAGAAGCAGCUGCAGGUGACGCAGGAGCGCGGGGAGGACAGCCCCUCCUCCCAGCAGCCCAAGUGGUCGGAGAGCCCCGUGUCCCACGCCAGCGACGAGUACGACGCCUGGGCAGACUUCCGGACGCGCGCCAGCUCCACGGCCAGCACGCUGAGCGGGCGCCUCUCGCCCAUCAUGGCCAACCACGAGCCUGACGAGCUGGAGGAGGACGACGGCACCCCCUCCUCCCCGCUGAUGUACCCCAGCCCCUCCAGCACCAUGUCUCCUUCCCUCAGCGCCCGCUGCUCCGUGGAGCUGCCCCGGCUGACCGACCUGACCGGCACCAUCAGCCUGAACGAGAGCCUCGGGGAGAGCAUGCUGGAGGACCUGCAGGACGGCUACGCCAUGAGCCCGAGCCAGCAGCUCCCGCCGGCCGCCCUGCGGCAGCGCAGCUCCAGCUUCACCUUCAACUCCAAGUGCUCCAACAUGGGGGCUGCCGGCAACACCUACUGCGGGACCAUCUACAGCCAGCCGGCCAUGGGCCUCAUGCGCCGCCUGCCCAUGCAGACCAUCCAGGAGAACAAGCAGGCCACCUUCUCUCCCGUCAGCUCCUACAGGAACGCCUCGCUGCAGGACCUGCUCUCCUCCAUCUCCUACGCGCACAAGGAGAGCAUGGUCCCGGGGGACCUGCCCCUGCCGCAGGCCAGCCCCAUGGUGCCGGCCCGUGGCCACAGACACAACCCGCUGCUGUGCGGGGGCGGGGAGCAGGGCCUGUCCUCCUACCCGUCCCACCCGGGCUCUCUCAUGAAGAGCGGCGCGUUGUACCACCCGUCACCAGCCGGCCACCACCCCGCGGUCAACACCAGUGCCUUAGCCAAUCCUGUCAGCCUUAUGAGCCUGCCCAGCGACUCGUGCAGCAUGGCGGCCGUGCCGCACCACGGGCACCUGCAUCCCUACGCCAAUAACCAAGGGGCACACAUGAGCCUGCUGGAUUCGCUGCAGGGCCCCUACCCGGGGGCCGUCCACCCCCCCGUGUUGGGCCAAGACAGGUUCCCAGCAGACCUGGACCUGGACAUGUUCAACGGGAGCCUGGAGUGCGACGUGGAGUCGAUCAUCCUGAAUGACUUUAUGGACAGCGACGAGAUGGACUUCAACUUCGACUCGGCCCUCCCGCCGCAGAACGGGCUCAACGUGCCCGCGCUGCCCGGGGGGCCACAGCCCACAAACCAGAGCUGGGUGCCUGGGUGAUGCCCGCCCCGGGGGGGGCUGACCACCGGGAAGCCACGAGGGGAACAUUGAGACUAACUUUUUUUUUUCCUUUCUCUUCUGCCUUUGUUUGUUAAGAUGGGCGAGAGCCGUCGGUCUGAGCUCGAGGUCGAACACGGAACACAAACCGGAGGGUCAAAUACUGAGAUGGAGGGGGAGGGCCCCCAGCCCCACGUGUGCCCCGUCUGCUGGGUCCUCCCGUGGGCAUCCUCCAGAGGACACAGGGCAGCUGAGUGGGAGAGGCAGCUGGAGCCAGACGGAUCCAGGGGGGUAGCAGGAAGGGAAGACCUUUCCAGAUGGUCCCAGUGCCCCACUGUGAUGGUGCCAGUUUGAUUUGCCCUUGGGCUGGGUGACGGAGCGGUGACGGCUGGUGGUGUGGUCCUUUCCCAUGGGAAGGGACUGUUCCCUGAGCCACCUUGGGAAAUGAGCCCUCUGGGUAGAAGUGUCAGGAGUGGGGACCCUGCCCCAGGGUGGGGGGGGCUCGUCACCCCUCAGUCCUGGUGGAGGUCAGAGCUCUGCCAAGCCCACACACCCAGGACACCUCCACAGGGAGUGUCCCUGUGUGGCCCCAGGCAGGUUCUCUUACCGAGCAGUGAGAGGGGUGGUGAUGGAGGGGAGGGUGUGCAGGCAGCAGCCCUGGGAACAGCAUCUGGGCAGCCCCCUCGCCUGCUGGGGGCUGGGGGUGCCCCAGGAAUGCUGCAGUCCCUGCGUGGGGCAGGCGUGGGCAGGGCCCGGGGGGGUCCUGCUGGGAGUGAUGUGCUGCUGGAAUGGGUCCCCUGUGCUGGAGGUUCAGGGGCAGCUUGCAGGGUUGGGGAGGGGGGCGUAUUUAUUUGAUUUCAUGCACUCUUUUGCCAUUGAGUUUUUGCAUUGGAAGGAAGAAAGGGUCAAGCUUAGGGACAGGAGAGAGAGGCCGUGAGCAGUGCUGGUGGCUGCGUCCCGUCACAGGGCUCAUCUUGGCUUGGCCAUGGCUUUGGGUGCUGGAUGAUGGGGUGAAAGCUGUGAUGUGGGUCACCCUCAAGAAGGGGAGGGUUGUGGUGGCCAGGCCUCCAGGUGCAGGGUGGGAUCCUUCCUGCCCCAAACCUGGAUGACCCACAUUGCUCAGGGAGGUGUCAUGGGGCUCACAGCCAGGGCUGUGGGGCUCCAGUGGAUCACUGCCCAUCCCCAAGGUGCCAGGAGAGCUGGUCUAGGGGGCUGUCAGCAAGAGGGGUGCACCCACCUUCCAGGGGCUGGGGCUCCGUGGGGAUGGGGACCACAAUUCACACGUGGUCCUGCUGCGUGCCAGGAUCCCAAACUGGCCCCACUGCCUCAGUGGGGCAGGCGUGGGCCAGGGGGCCACAGCCAUCCUGCACAGCUGUGGGGCAGCUCUGCCCUGGGUGCAGGGGGGUUUUGGAGGGGGCAGGCUGGUGGGCAGCAGCAGCAGCGACUGGUCCGUGCUCUGGAGGCACUGGAGGGGCUGGGAGGAUGUGGUAGGAGCUGCUGCUCUGUCCUGUGGAGUCUCUGCUCAGCCAUCCUUCCUCCUGGGCACCACAGGCUCUCUCUAACCCCCAGCCCCUGCCUUGCAGCAGGGACAGGCUGCUGAACCAGCACGUUCUCCCAGCCCAGCUCUUCCCUUCUUGCCCCAGGACCUGCUCCCCUGGCACAGUGCAGGCACUGGGUCCCAGCUGCAGGAACAGUGUGGCUGCCCAGAGCCAGGGCAGGGACCUGUGGGUGGGCACCUCCUGCUCCUCUCCUGACCCACAGGGCUGUGGCAAAGUGUGACAGAGGAGCCCCAUGUGCCACCGUCCACCUUUGACCAGGGCACACGGCAGGCACAGUGUCUGAAGACAUUCUUACAAGUUAAUUAAUUAUGUUUACAUUAUUUGAUCAUGUACAGAAUUUAAUAUAUUCUAUUAUAUAUAAUCUUUCUUGAAUGCUUUUUUAAAAAGGGUUAUUCUUUGGUCAGGAUCAUUACCACAUUCCUUUUGUACACCACCUCUCGUUUCAGGCAUAUUUCAAAUCCUUGGAAACUGGUCGCAAAUGGCAAAUUAAUCCCUGGCCCCCCAGUUCAGCACGUGGGGUGUGAGGGACCCAGAGUCAGGGAGGGUGGGGAGGGCUGCCCUGGAGGAAAAAGGGGGGCUCUGCCCCCAAGAACAGGAGAAACAGAAGGGGUCCUGGCUCUUCCAGGCAUCCAGUGUCCAGGCACAGCUCCAGCAGCACACCAGCACACCGGGCCAGCAGGCAGGCGUUUGCAGAUGGGAUUCUCUGGCACAGGGACCCCCAAACCCCCUGUGGUGUCACAGACCCGACCAUCGGUGUGGAGGGGGAGCCACACCAGCAGCAGGAGAAAACCCUCCCCUUGUCUCAUGCCUGCCCCCCCCCCCGCUGCCCCCCUGCCCCGCUGCUGGAGCCCCUCGAUCCCCCGGGGCACGUCCCAUUGCCCAGCUGUCCUUGUGGUUCGUGACCGUGGGGUUGUCGUGUGUGCGGUGGAGUCGUGUUGGUUUUGAAGCGUCGUGUGUUCAGUCGUGUGCGGGGCGAGGGACGGCGGGGGCAGGCACAGAGACCCCACAGCUGGGACCCCGGGCCAGGGGGGGCUGCAGGGGAGCCCAGGGACCCAGGGGGGUGGUGGUGGCACGGGGGGUUUCGGGGCUGUGCUUGAUGCCCCUGGGGCAGGCGGGUCCUGGGGGCCCUGGGGGUGGCUGGCACGGCCGUGCCCUCUGUGAGCGCGGGUGUGGGGACACCAGGGCUCUGUGUCACUGUGGGGUGGCCGAGGGGACACCAGGGCUCUGUGUCACUGUGGGGUGGCCGAGGGGACACCAGGGCUCUGUGUCACUGUGGGGUGGCCGAGGGUUCUCUCUCUGAACACAGCCAGGCCCCCUCACGUCCCACCUCACUCAGCUUCACCCUCCCUGCUCCAUCACCCCCUCUCCCCCUGGUGCCCUGAGGACACGGAGCUCCCUCUGCUCCCAGCCCUGCCCCUGCUCAGCCCUGCCUGGAGCUGGUGUGGGGGGAUGCCGAGGGCCCCCCCGGUUUGCUCAUACAGUGGUUUUGGGUCCGUCCUUUCCCUCGUAUUUAUAACUGUACAGACUGGGGGGGAGGGUCUGAGGUCAUCUCUCACCACACAUCUAUAGUAGGCAAUGGUAACUUUCUUGGUUGUGCUAUUAGAGUUUGUGUAUGUGGCAAUGUAAAGAACUGUGUAUAGUGCAUUGUACAGCAUAUUUUCAUGAAUAAAAUUGUUUUAAAUAUUACAA